AUGGAGAAGGAUCUACCUGAACCUGAACACAAAGAGCAAACCGUGACGGAGUUGGAAAUGGUGGACAACGAGAGGAAGAAAUGUAAAAAGCAAAAGAAGAAAGAGAAGCGCGUGAAUGUUCAAGCUGAAAUGGAGGAACGAACUGAAGGGAAAACGAAGAAAAAGUCAAACGAUCUUCAAACACAACGAGACGAUGGAGCGACUGUUGCUGAGGAGGCGAUGAGUAGCUGGAGGAAAAAGACACACCAUAAUGACAGACGGACAGAAGACGGGAUGGACAGUGGCCUCUCAGCGUCUGCAGUAGAUGUCUCGGAUGUAAGAGUGCCAGAGGAGGCCAGAAGGAGUAAGAAGAAGCACAAGAACAGACGAACGGAGCUUGGAGAGGGAGCGGAAAGCCGUCACACAGUUUUAAGAUUAGCAGAUGAUCCUGAAAUCAUAGAACUAUACACUGACACGGUUGAGGGAGGUGAAAAUGUGGUAACGGAGCAACAGAACAAUGUAAAGGAGAAGAGGAAACGAAAAAAGGAAAAAAUUGGAGAGAUUCAACUGAACGUUUGUCCAGAUGAAACGGAGCUUCAGAGAAAUGGAGCUGAGAGAAAAUGGAAGACAAUGAGGCUGACAACACAACCGGACGGAGGGUCUGCUGCUGUAGAGGGCAGCGGGAGGAAAAAGAGAAAACGCUGCAGAGAGUCCGACACGGGAAUGGACCGUGUGCCCUCGACGUCUGAUAACGGGACACCUGAUGCUGGACCAGAACCUGAGACAGGGGAGGAUGGCCCCCAUACAACCAUGGUUGAGACAAGGAUCCAACACCGCAGACGCAUCCUAAAGGAGAAACUCCUAAGGUCAGUAGAAAGGAACCUCGGACACUCGUUUAAGGGUGAAUCUAGCAUAUUUUGAAGAGUGAUUUCUCUUAUUGGUGGUAGUGAACAUAACCAUUGACCGCAGGAAAACCAGACCUUUUGUGAAUCAUUGUGCGGUGUACCAGAGUUGAAUCUGAAACCUCUUCCUGUGCAGAGAGGAAGCAUUCCUGUCCUGCUCUGUCUACUCAGAGGUUUCAAAACACAUGUUUUAGAUUUAGAUAUUAUGUUAUUUAGAUGUUCUCCCCUCCCUAUGUUACAGUGAGAAAGAAUGGAAUGCUAUGAAUGAGCUCAAAGAGUUUAUUCCCAAUGUUGAGUCUCAGGCUGCUUGGAGGAUCAGAGUGAUGAUAAAGUAUGAUCUUGAUCGAUUCAAGGAAUUCCGAAGACAAGGUACGUUUAUCACAGCGUGAUGUAGCGAACAUGUCCACAUGGAAGCAAUGUUAUGUAACAUGUUACUGUGUUGAGAGAUGUUUGAGAAAUUUGAUUCAAUUCUGAAAAAAAGGAAAAUGUGAUUUUCUCCCCCUUUAACACAUGAAUCCACAUUCAGUGUUUUUCUUUGUUUUUGUUUUUUCAGCUGACUGAAUGUAUUAUCAUUUAGACCCAAUGGGUUAUGCCAGGCCUCCAGACUGACACCAUUUAGUCACAUUUUGCGGCCCUAUAGGCGUCCGCGUACGGUAAAGCUUUAGACUUGGAUGUGAGAGUUAAAUGUUUUAUUGGUUGCAUUGGUGUGAGCUGCACCAUCCACAGACAGUGGGGAGAACAAGUAUUUGAUACACUGCCGAUUUUGCAGGUUUUCCUACUUACAAAGCAUGUAGAGGUCUGUAAUUUUUAUCAUAGGUACACUUCAACUGUGAGAGACGGAAUCUAAACAAAAAUCACAUUGUAUGAUUUUUAAGUAAUUAAUUUGCAUUUUAUUGCAUGACAUAAGUGUUUGAUACAUCAGAAAAGCAGAACUUAAUAUUUGGUACAGAAACCUUUGUUUGCAAUUACAGAGAUCAUACGUUUCCUGUAGGUCUUGACCAGGUUUGCACACACUGCAGCAGGGAUUUUGGCCCACUCCUCCAUACAGACCUUCUCCAGAUCCUUCAGGUUUCGGGGCUGUCGCUGGGCAAUACGGACUUUCAGCUCCCUCCAAAGAUUUUCUAUUGGGUUCAGGUCUGGAGACUGGCUAGGCCACUCCAGGACCUUGAGAUGCUUCUUACGGAGCCACUCCUUAGUUGCCCUGGCUGUGUGUUUCGGGUCGUUGUCAUGCUGGAAGACCAGCCACGACCCAUCUUCAAUGCUCUUACUGAGGGAAGGAGGUUGUUGGCCAAGAUCUCGCGAUACAUGGCCCCAUCCAUCCUCCCCUCAAUACGGUGCAGUCGUCCUGUCCCCUUUGCAGAAAGCAUCCCCAAAGAAUGAUGUUUCCACCUCCAUGCUUCACGGUUGGGAUGGUGUUCUUGGGGUUGUACUCAUCCUUCUUCCUCCAAACACACGCGAGUGGAGUUUAGACCAAAAAGCUCUAUUUUUGUCUCAUCAGACCACAUGACCUUCUCCCAUUCCUCCUCUGGAUCAUCCAGAUGGUCAUUGGCAAACUUCAGACGGGCCUGGACAUGCGCUGGCUUGAGCAGGGGGACCUUGCGUGCGCUGCAGGAUUUUAAUCCAUGACGGCGUAGUGUGUUAUUAAUGGUUUUCUUUGAGACUGUGGUCCCAGCUCUCUUCAGGUCAUUGACCAGGUCCUGCCGUGUAGUUCUGGGCUGAUCCCUCACCUUCCUCAUGAUCAUUGAUGCCCCACGAGGUGAGAUCUUGCAUGGAGCCCCAGACUGAGGGUGAUUGACCGUCAUCUUGAACUUCUUCCAUUUUCUAAUAAUUGUGCCAACAGUUGUUGCCUUCUCACCAAGCUGCUUGCCUAUUGUCCUGUAGCCAAUCCCAGCCUUGUGCAGGUCUACAAUUUUAUCCCUGAUGUCCUUACACAGCUCUCUGGUCUUGGCCAUUGUGGAGAGGUUGGAGUCUGUUUGAUUGAGUGUGUGGACAGGUGUCUUUUAUACAGGUAACAAGUUCAAACAGGUGCAGUUAAUACAGGUAAUGAGUGGAGAACAGGAGGGCUUCUUAAAGAAAAACUAACAGGUCUGUGAGAGCUGGAAUUCUUACUGGUUGGUAGGUGAUCAAAUACUUAUGUCAUGCAAUAAAAUGCAAAUUAAUUACUUAAAAAUCAUACAAUGUGAUUUUCUGGAUUUUUGUUUUAGAUUCCGUCUCUCACAGUUGAAGUGUACCUAUGAUAAAAAUUACAGACCUCUACAUGCUUUGUAAUUAGGAAAACCUGCAAAAUCAGCAGUGUAUCAAAUCCUUGUUCUCCCCACUGUAGUCACCUUUACUCCUAAUGUCCUGGUUUUGUAGGUAUUUGGUAACAGUAAUGUAAUGAAAGCCUCUGGCCCUAUACCUGUCACCUGCUGCUGGACAAAAAGCAGUGGCUAUUAUAUUUAGAGACGAUGUGUUUUGAGUUUCCUCUUACUCGGGUGGUGAAUUAGCCACAAAUAAAUGUGCCUAUGAUAUUAGAUCACAUAGAGAUGUAGGCAAAUUCAUCUCUAUUGAAAAAAAGAACAUUCAGAACUUUCUGGAGCCCUAUUUUAACAGUAAAAUAUAACUACUAUAACCUAAUUGUCAACCCACAAUUCAUCACUGGAUUAGGUUGCACCUAAUAACAAAAUAUCCUGAAUCAUGCAUUUUUCUUGGUGUGUGACCAAAUCAUGGACUGGUGCCACCAACUGAAAAAGUACCAGUGUUACAGGAGAACAUGUGAGGGGCACCAGUGUUACAGGAGAACAUGUUAGGGGCACCAGUGUUACCAGGAGAACAUGUUAGGGGCACCAGUGUUACAGGAGAACAUGUUAGGGGCACCAGUGUUACCAGGAGAACAUGUUAGGGGCACCAGUGUUACCAGGAGAACAUGUUAGGGGCACCAGUGUUACAGGAGAACAUGUUAGGGGCACCAAUGUUACAGGAGAACAUGUUAGGGGCACCAGUGUUACCAGGAGAACAUGUUAGGGGCACCAGUGUUACAGGAGAACAUGUUAGGGGCACCAGUGUUACCAGGAGAACAUGUUAGGGGCACCAGCGUUACAGGAGAACAUGUUAGUCUGGAGCCCUAGGUUAAGCCUCUGUGGAAUCUUCUGUCUUUCUCAGGCAUUUCCCUGCGAACUGGACGAUUCAGUGCACAGGAGAACAAACAACUCAUCAGGAACAUACAUGACUUCCUGGCUCUCACAGGGAUUGAGGAUGCCUCUAAGCUCUUCCAUACAAAGCGCUUCAAAGACGAAGCAAGAAAUAUCCAGAGGUUGAAGAGUCAUCACAGUUUCCCUGAAAGAAUAGGUGCGGUGUAUUCCAGCCAGGUUCAUAAGAUAACUUGUUGUCAGAUAAAGCUUCAUCCCCACAUUGUAUCCCUGUUCUUUAGCGUUGUCUACAGUGAUCUGUGAACUGAUCUCCCUUCUCCCUAACCUGUACUGUUCCAGCUGAAGGGAUCCCAAGGCCUUGGCAUAAGAUCUAUACUCGAGGUGGGAGGAAAAUGUUUGAUGGCAGCAGCUACAAGGGCAGGUAAGACAGGGCUGGUUACUUUAAGGGCAGGUAAGACGGGGCUAGUUACUUUAAGGCUAGGUAAGACGGGGCUGGUUACUUUAAGGCUAGGUAAGACGGGGCUGGUUACUUUAAGGCUAGGUAAGACGGGGCUGGUUACUUUAAGGCUAGGUAAGACGGGGCUGGUUACUUUAAGGCUAGGUAAGACGGGGCUGGUUACUUCAAGGGCAGGUAAGAUGGGGCUUGUUACUUUAAGGCUAGGUAAGACGGGGCUAGUUACUUUAAGGCUAGGUAAGACGGGGCUGGUUACUUUAAGGCUAGGUAAGACGGGUCUAGUUACUUUAAGGCUAGGUAAGACGGGGCUGGUUACUUUAAGGCUAGGUAAGACGGGGCUGGUUACUUCAAGGGCAGGUAAGACGGGGCUUGUUACGUUAAGGCUAGGUAAGACGGGGCUGGUUACUUUAAGGCUAGGUAAGACGGGGCUGGUUACUUCAAGGGCAGGUAAGACAGGGCUUGUUACGUUAAGGCUAGGUAAGACGGGGCUGGUUACUUUAAGGCUAGGUAAGACGGGGCUGGUUACUUCAAGGGCAGGGAAGACGGGGCUUGUUACUUUAAGGCUAGGUAAGACGGGGCUUGUUACUUCAAGGGCAGGUAAGACGGGGCUUGUUACUUUAAGGCUAGGUAAGACGGGGCUUGUUACUUUAAGGCUAGGUAAGACGGGGCUGGUUACUUUAAGGGCAGGUAAGACGGGGCUAGUUACUUUAAGGGCAGGUAAGACGGGGCUAGUUACUUUAAGGGCAGGGAAGACGGGGCUUGUUACUUUAAGGCUAGGUAAGACGGGGCUUGUUACUUCAAGGGCAGGUAAGACGGGGCUUGUUACUUUAAGGCUAGGUAAGACGGGGCUUGUUACUUUAAGGCUAGGUAAGACGGGGCUGGUUACUUUAAGGGCAGGUAAGACGGGGCUAGUUACUUUAAGGGCAGGUAAGACGGGGCUAGUUACUUUAAGGGCAGGUAAGACGGGGCUAGUUACUUUAAGGGCAGGUAAGACGGGGCUAGUUACUUUAAGGCUAGGUAAGACGGGGCUAGUUACUUUAAGGCUAGGUAAGACGGGGCUAGUUACUUUAAGGGCAGGUAAGACGGGGCUAGUUACUUUAAGGGCAGGUAAGACGGGGAUAGUUACUUUAAGGGCAGGUAAGACGGGGCUAGUUACUUUAAGGCUAGGUAAGACGGGGCUAGUUACUUUAAGGCUAGGUAAGACGGGGCUAGUUACUUUAAGGGCAGGUAAGACGGGGCUAGUUACUUUAAGGCUAGGUAAGACGGGGCUUGACUGUGCUGUUUUUCUGACACUAAGCUCUUUAUACUGAGCUAACAUUUACGGACUUAUUGCACCACUUGAUUUGAAUUCUUAGACGAAGGUUCAGCGAAGAUGAACUUGACUCUUUGAAAAAACUGCAGAAGUUGUACGGCAACAAAUGGGUGAAGAUCUCGCAGUUGACUGGCCGAAGCGAAACGCCCCUUAGGAAGCGUUUUUCUCAGAUGUGUAAGUCAUUAGGAACUUGUGAAUGAAAUAUAAUGACUCUUGAUCCACUUCUCCUUGGGACAUUUGUUACCAGCGUUGUCUGAACAAUGCUCCCUCUUUGUUUGGUGUGUGUUUUUCAGUCGCAAACUUAGGUUCUUGGAGCGAGGAAGAACUGAAGAGACUAAUGGAGGCUGUUCGAGACCACCUGCUGGGACAGGCAGAGCCUGGCAGUGGACCUGCCACCAUCAGGAAAGACAAGCUGUACAACCACAUCCCCUGGUCAGAUGUGUGCCGGAGGGUUAAGACACGCCACCGGGACCAGUGUAGAAUGAAAUGGUGUGUAGUUUUCAUUGGUUACAGGGUUUCAGGGGUAACUGAAAGUGCAGAAAUUACCAUAAAAUUCAUUAUGAUCUGGGAGGGUGAUUUAAUUAUUCACUUUUCUUCAACAAUGUGACUAUUGGAUUUGUCAGAGUUUCAAGUUCUUUGGUGUCCACAUCACCAACAAACUGGUCCAAACACACCAAGACAGUCGUGAAGAGGGCAUGACAAAACCUAUUCCCCCUCAGGAGACUGAAAAGAUUUGGCAUGGGUCCCCAGAUCCUCAAAAAAGUUCUACAGCUGCACCAUCGAGGGCAGCGUUGUCAGAGGAAGGCCCAAAAAAUGGUCAAAGACUCCAGUCACCCAAGUCAUAGACUGUUCUCUCUGCUACCGCACGGCAAGCGGUACCGGAGCGCCAAGUCUAGGUCCACCCGGACUAUUUGCAUUGACCCCCCCCCCCCCCCCCCCCCCCCGUGUUUUAACACUGCUGCAACUCUCUGUUUAUUAUCUAUGCGUAAUCACUGUACCCCUACCUACAUGUACAUAUUACCUCUAUUAACCUGUACCCCCGCACAAUGACUCGGUACCGGUACCCCCUGUAUAUAGCCUGUGUAGCCCAGUUGGUAGAGCAUGGUGUUUGCAACGCCAGGGUUGUGGGUUCGAUUCCCACGGGGGGCCAGUAUGAAAAUGUAUGCACUCACUAACUGUAAGUGGCUCUGGAUAAGAGCGUCUGCUAAAUGACUAAAAUGUAAAAUGUAAUUGUUUUUGUGUUACUUUUUAUUUUGUUUUUUACUUUAGUUUAUUUAGUAAAUAUUUUAUUAUAAACUCUUUCUUGAACUGCAUUUUUGGUUAAGGGCUUGUAAGUAAGCAUUUCACGAUAAGGUCUACACCUGUUGAAUCCGGUGCAUGUGACAAAUAACAUUGGAUUUGAUAACGAGCAAAUCAGAUUUCAAAUUCAAUUUUGAUUUUCACAUGCUUGUAGACUAACGGUGAAAUGCUUACAGGUCCUUUUCCAACAAUGCAGAGUUAAAGAUCAAAUAAAAAAUAUUGACACGAGGAAUAAUGAGUAGAAAAUAACAUGGCUAUAUACAGGAAGUAGAAAAUAACAUGGCUAUAUACAGGAAGUAGAAAAUAACAUGGCUAUAUAUAGGAAGUAGAAAUAACAUGGCUAUAUAUAGGAAGUAGAAAAUAACAUGGCUAUAUACAGGAAGUAGAAAAUAACAUGGCUAUAUACAGGAAGUAGAAAAUAACAUGGCUAUAUACAGGAAGUAGAAAAAAACAUGGCUAUAUACAGGAAGUAGAAAAUAACAUGGCUAUAUAUAGGAAGUAGAAAAUAACAUGGCUAUAUACAGGAAGUAGAAAAAAACAUGGCUAUAUACAGGGCGUAGAAAAUAACAUGGCUAUAUAUAGGAAGUAGAAAAUAACAUGGCUAUAUACAGGAAGUAGAAAAUAACAUGGCUAUAUACAGGAAGUAGAAAAUAACAUGGCUAUAUACAGGAAGUAGAAAAUAACAUGGCUAUAUACAGUGGGGAGAACAAGUAUUUGAUACACUGCCGAUUUUGCAGGUUUUCCUAAUUACAAAGCAUGUAGAGGUCUGUAAUUUUUAUCAUAGGUACACUUCAACUGUGAGAGACGGAAUCUAAAACCAAAAUCCAGAAAAUCACAUUGUAUGAUUUUUAAGUAAUUAAUUUUCAUUUUAUUGCAUGACGUCAGUAUUUGAUCACCAACCUGAUUCUAAAAUGGAUUAAAUAAAAAUAAAAUCGUCAAUCUACCAACAAUACCCCAUAAUGACAAAGAGAAAACAGGUGUAUAAAUUGUAGCAAAUGUAUUUUUAAAAAACGGAAAUACCUUAUUUCCAUAAGUAUUCAGACCCUUUGCUAUGAGACUUGAAAUUGAGCUCAGGUGCAUCCUGUUUCAAUUGAUCAUCCUUGAGAUGUUUCUACAACUUGAUUGGAGUCCACCUGUGGUAAAUUCAAUUGAUUGGACAUGAUUUGGAAAGGCACACACCUGUCUAUAUAAGGUCCCACAGUUGACAGUGCACGUUAGAGCAAAAACCAAGCCAUGAGGUUGAAGGAAUUGUCCAUAGAGCUCCGAGACAGGAUUGUGUCGAGGCACAGAUCUGGGGAAGGGUACCCAAAACCUUCUGCAGUAUUGAAGGACCCCAAGAACACAGCGGCCUCCAUCAUUCUUAAAUGGAAGAAGUUUGGAACCACCAAGACUCUUCCUAGAGCUGGCCGCCCGGCCAAACUGAGCAAUCGGGGGAGAAGGGCCUUGGUCAGGGAGGUGACCAAGAACCCAAUGGUCACUCUGACAGAGCUCUAGAGUUCCUCUGUGGAGAUUGGAGAACCUUCCAGAAGGACAACUAUCUCUGCAGCACUCCACCAAUCAGGCCUUUAUGGUAGAGUGGCCAGACCGAAGCCACUCCUCAGUAAAAGGCACAUGACAGCCCGCUUUUGGAGUUUGCCAAAAGGCACCUAAAGGACUCUCAGACCAUGAGAAACAAGAUUCUCUGGUCUGAUGAAACCAAGAUUGAACUCUUUGGCCUGAAUGCCAAGCGUCAUGUCUGGAGGAAACCUGGCACCAUCCCUACGGUGAAGCAUGGUGGCGGCAGCAUCAUGAUGUGGGGAUGUUUUUCAGGGGCAGGGACUGGGAGACUAGUCAGGAUCGAGGGAAAGAUGAAUGGAGCAAAGUACAGAGAGAUCCUUGAUGAAAACCUGCUCCUGAGCGCUCAGGACCUCAGACUUGGGCAAAGGUUCACCUUCCAACAGGUCAACGAACCUAAGCACACAGCCAAGACAACGCAGGAGUGGCUUCGGGACAAGUCUCUGAAUGUCCUUGAGUGGCCCAGCCAGAGCCCGGACUUGAACCCGAUCGAACAUCUCUGGAGAGACCUGAAAAUAGCUGUUGAGCGAUGCUCCCCAUCCAACCUGACAGAGCAUAAAAUUAUUUGCAGAGAAGAAUGGGAGAAACUCCCCAAAUACAGGUGUGCCAAGCUUGUAGCUUCAUACCCAAGAAGACUCGAGGCUGUAAUUGCUGCCAAAGGUGCUUAAACAAAGUACUGAGUAAAGGGUCUGAAUACUUAUGUAAAUGUAAUAUUUCCUUUUUUUUUUUUUUUUUUAUACAUUUGCAACAUUUCUAAAAACCUGUUUUUGCUUUGUCACUAUGGGGUAUUGUGUGUAGCUUGACAAUGGGAAAAAAUACAUUUGUGGGAAAAAGUCAAGGGGUCUGAAUACUUUUUGAAAGCAUAGCCAAACUUCUGCCAUAGCCAGUUGGCAAAUAUGCUAAAAUGUCUCUCUUGCCAGUCAACCUUUUUAAGGGCAACUGUUGCAGUGGCUUUAAUGAAUGGAUGGACUGCUAAGAUUCUAUGUUACGGAUGUUAAACAGGGAAAGUAUCAGAAAUUAUUAAUAUAUGUAACACGAUUUCCGUUCUGGGUUGACCCAGAUGAAUUGCUUGCUAAACUCUAGUUAAAUAGUCGCCUCCUUAUAACUCACCUUGUUUAAGGAAACUAAAUAAUUAGGUUGACUGUUUUUUUGCACGUUAAACAAUUCUUGCACCAUGAAAAUGUCAGCCCUGUUUUGUUUCCACAAACGUUCAGAUUCAGAACAUGGUCCACCUUUUGAGGCGGAGGCUGCAUCUUUUCUCCUACUUUUCCAGGUUGGGUAUUCUGGCACACAAAAUGACAUAUGGACGACCAGUAUUCAGUGGAGGUGUGAAAACCAUAAAGGCCAAAGUGGUUUUGAUCAAAGCGUGAGUUUUGAGUUUUGUGAUGAUUUUCAUUCAAUAAAUGCUAUUGUAGAUCUGUGUUUAGCUGAUUUUCUUUUGAAGAUUUAUUAGCCCAGUUUAGUGACUUAGUAAUGUGUAAUAAUAUGAUUUAUUAGCCCAGUCUUGUGACUUAGUAAUGUGUAAUAAUAUGAUUUAUUAGCCCAGUCUAGUGACUUAGUAAUAUGUAAUAAUAUGAUUUAUUAGCCCAGUUUAGUGACUUAGUAAUGUGUAAUAAUAUGAUUUAUUAGCCCAGUUUAGUGACUUAGUAAUGUGUAAUAAUAUGAUUUAUUAGCCCAGUUUAGUGACUUAGUAAUGUGUAAUAAUAUGAUUUAUUAGCCCAGUUUAGUGACUUAGUAAUGUGUAAUAAUAUGAUUUAUUAGCCCAGUCUAGUGACUUAGUAAUGUGUAAUAAUAUGAUUUAUUAGCCCAGUUUAGUGACUUAGUAAUGUGUAAUAAUAUGAUUUAUUAGCCCAGUUUAGUGACUUAGUAAUGUGUAAUAAUAUGAUUUAUUAGCCCAGUCUAGUGACUUAGUAAUGUGUAAUAAUAAUAUUAGUAGUAUAUGCCAUGUACUUUACCUUUCUGCGUAGUCCUGAUUUACAGGGCCAACGGUAGUCUUGUUCUUGGUAUAAUGGCAUAUGAAACUGGCAUGGUCAACAAUUUUUAUUUUGCGAAUGUUGAUUCAAUGUAAUUUCGACCUUUUCAGGUUGAACGCAAUGCAGGUGGAAGAUGCUUCAGAUGUUGACUGGGAAGAAAUUGCUCACACAAUUGGGUAAGAGGUUAUU